CAAGUAUUUGUACAUUUUUUCUUGGUAGGUUUUUGACUAUCUAUAAGUGAAAUAUCUAUUUCAUAAUAGUUUUGUGUGAACUCAAUGAAUUUCUUUGAGACUGGUUAUAAUUUGCUGUACUUCUGAGUAUUACAAUGAGUUCAGGACUGGAGAGCUAUGUGAACCAUACCGUUUCUAUUAUAACAUCAGAUGGCAGAAACUUUGUGGGAACACUUAAAGGAUUUGAUCAAACUAUAAAUAUAAUUUUAGAUGACAGCCAUGAACGUGUAUACAGCCCUAAUCAAGGUGUUGAACAAAUUAUUUUAGGUUUACAUCUCAUUCGCGGUGACAAUGUCGCUAUAAUUGGUGAAGUAGAUGAAACAAUGGAUUCAUCGAUAGAUUUGAGUGCAAUCAGAGCUGAACCUAUUGGAUCAGUAGUAUUUUAAAAUAUUUAUAUGAUAUUUUAUAAUAUUAUCAAUAACUAAAUGCAUUGAUCCUGUUAUAUUAA